CCACCACUCUACACGCAACUCUUCCCGGUCACAGGCCACCAGUUGUAUGGCAGCCACACAUCCUGGAUGGAGUGGGGGUGCCCCCCAUGAGCCGCUCUCGCGAGUGGAGCUGCACAUCUCGUGCAAAAACUUGCCAAACAUGGAUACGUUCUCCAAGUCGGACCCGAUGGCUGUGGUGUACCUGGCGUCAGGAGGAUCUUGGGUCGAGUACGACAGGACCGAGACCAUUAACGACAAUCUCUCGCCGGCGUUUGUCAAGGCUAUCAACGUUGACUACUUCUUUGAAACAACACAGCACAUCCGUAUCGCGGUGUAUGACGUCGACGAUGCGUCUGGGGGGCUCGCACAGCAGGACUUUCUCGGAUCGUUUGACACCACGGUGGCGGCGGUGAUGGGCGGGCGUGGGCAGCGAGUGACCGGGCAGAUGAAGGACGCGCGCGGCGGGAGCAUGGCGGCGACCAUGACGGUGUCGGGUGAGGAGGUGACCGAGAUGAAGCUCGAGCUUCAGUUGCAGCUGGCGGCGCGUAAUCUCGACAAAAAGGAUCUGUUUGGCAAGUCGGACCCGUUCUUUGAGGUCUGCAAGGCGCGGACCGGGGCGACGGCCGAGAACACCGCCGAUGCCGCCAUGUGGGUCCCGGUCAUUCGAUCUAACGUGGUGAAGAAGAACCUCAACCCAACGUGGGCGCCCAUCCACGUUCCAGUCUCCAAGCUCGUCGGCUCGGACAUUGAGCGUCGGAUUCUGCUGCGGAUCUACGAUUGGAACAAAAAGUCCGAGCCGGACCUCAUCGGCGAGGUCUCGACCACCAUCUCGCAGCUGGAGAGUGCCGGAGUCAACGACGGCUUUGAGGUCAUCCAUCCCAAGAAGCGGCGGAAGAAGAAAAAGUACCGCAACUCGGGCGUGCUCAUGGUGACCUCGUUUGCGCUCAUCGAAAAGCCGUCGUUCCUCGACUAUGUCGUCGGCGGAUGCGACAUCUCGCUCUCGGUCGGCAUCGACUUUACCGCCUCCAACGGCAAUCCGGCGACGCCGGCCUCGCUCCACUACAUCUCACCGUACGAGCCGAACCAGUAUGUGCGAGCGAUCACGUCAGUCGGAGAGGUGCUCGCUAACUACGACUCGGACCAGCGGUUUGCCGCUCUCGGCUACGGUGCCAAGGUUCCGCCUGGCAACCAAGUCUCGCACUGCUUCCCGCUCACGCUCGACCCCAACCAAGUCGAGGUUGUCGGUGUCGAAGGCAUUGUCCACGCCUACUACCACGCCCUGCACCAUGUUUCGCUCUACGGGCCAACCAACUUUGCUCCCAUCAUCCGCGCCGCCGCCGCUCAGGCUGGACGCCAUGCCACUCAGGAGACGCAAGAGUACAUGCUGCUUCUCAUCAUCACCGACGGCAUUAUCUCGGACAUGGACGCCACCACCGCCGCCAUCGUCGAGGCCUCGUCGCUUCCGAUGUCCAUCAUCAUUGUGGGUGUCGGCGAUGCUGACUUUGACUCGAUGGAACUGCUCGAUGGUGACGACGUCCGCCUCUCGCACAACGGCGUCUUUGCUGAGCGCGACAUUGUCCAGUUUGUGCCCUUCCGCGAGUUUGGCUCGGCUCAUCCCGAGAUGCUCGCCCGCGAGACUCUUGCCGAACUCCCAUCGCAGUUCCUCUCGUACAUGACCAAGCAUGGCAUCAAGCCAAACCCGCCGCUUGCCGCUCCUGCACCGAGCUACGGCUCCGUUUCCUCGUACGGCUCGGCAGGCUCAUCCGCCGCUGCCGGACUGCCAGCCUACGGCGCCAUGCCCAUGGCUGCCACUCCAGCCUACCCGUCAGCGGCACCGCAACCAUCGUACGGCUCCCAACCAGCGACUGCCACUCACGGAGCGCCGCCACCAACCUAUGCUCCUUAAUAGACCUCGCCGCCCCGCCUCGGGCCGU